AUGAGCAUCAUCAGUAUCAGCACGCACGGGACUCGCCCGCUAACCAGAACUCGUUCCUCUGCCUCAGUGUUCCGGCCGCCGUCUGGGAGCGUGGCGGUUCAGAGGCUCGCCCGGUUCCUGGUGGCGCUGUGUGUCCUCGGCCUGUUGGGGGGAGUGGCCGUGGGAGUGUGGCACCUCGUGAAGCUGCUUUUGAAGCCUACCUCCUCUCAGAGCCCAGCUGGGUUUGGGGACACCAAAGAGACGUCCUUCUGUAAUGUGACAGAUGACAUUUCUGUGACAGACCCGCGGAAAGUUUUUUACAGGAUCAGUUCAGAGAACUCGCUGCUGGAGAUCCAACUGGAGAGGCUGCCCACGUGGCUGCCCGUCUGCUACGAGCGCUGGAACUCCUCACUGGGCACGCUCGUGUGCCGACAGCUGGGCUACUUCAGUUUAACCAAACAUAAAGGAGUCAAUUUAACUGACAUUGGACCAAACUACACAGAUGGGUUUGUUCAGAUUGCCUCUGAACAACAGGCCAGCCUGGAGAGCUUAUGGCAGUUUAGGGGAAGCUGCAGUACUGGGAAGGUUAUAGCUUUGAAGUGUUUUGAGUGUGGCACGAGAGCGAAGCUGCCCCGCAUCAUCGGGGGCGUGGAGGCGACGCUGGGCAGGUGGCCGUGGCAGGUGAGCCUCUACUACAGCAAUCGACACACCUGUGGAGGAUCCAUCAUCACCGGCCAGUGGAUCGUCACCGCGGCACACUGCGUGCACAACUACAGACUACCUCAGGUGUCCAGCUGGGUGGUGUAUGCCGGGAUUGUGACCCGCAACUCAGCCAAGAUGGCGGAGUACACUGGCCACGCCGUGGAGAAGAUCAUCUACAACAGGAACUACAACCACCGGACGCACGACAAUGACAUCGCGCUCAUGAAACUCAAGACGCCUCUCAAUUUCUCAGACACCAUCAGACCAGUGUGUCUGCCCAAGUACGACUUCGACCUCUCCGGAGGAACUCAGUGCUGGAUCUCUGGCUGGGGAUACACUCAGCCUGACGAUGUUCAUAUCCCAGACACUCUGAAGGAGGCCCCAGUGCCUCUCAUCAGCACCAAGAAGUGCAACAGCUCCUGCAUGUACAACGGAGAGAUCACUCCCAGGAUGCUCUGUGCUGGCUAUACAGAGGGCAAAGUGGACGCAUGCCAGGGGGACAGUGGCGGUCCGCUGGUGUGUCAGGACGACGGUGUGUGGCGGCUGGUGGGUGUGGUGAGCUGGGGAACGGGCUGCGCCGAACCCAACCACCCCGGCGUCUACACCAAAGUAGCCGAGUUCCUGGGCUGGAUCUACGACAUGAUCGAGGUGAGAGACCACUGCUUAGCACGCAGUUACAUCCAGUAAACAUCUGUCCAUAGAAAACACACAGGCAGUAAACAUCUGUCCUUAGAAAACAUAUGCAGUAUUAGCAUCUGUCCAUAGAAAACAUAUAUCCCAUCCAGUCAUCUUCUGUCUCACUUGCAUAGCUGGCAUAGCUGUAGUAUGAAGAGGUGUAUUGGGACAUGUAUGACUGACAUGUUGAAUUCAAAUUAAAAGUACACUAAAAUGCUUCAAUAUAUUGUUAUGUU